UCCUCCUCCUCCUCCUCCUCCUCCUCGGCCGCCAGCGAGGCGGGGAUAAUCCCCAAUCACAAAGUGAAGGCGAGCGGCGCCGAGUUGCUGCUCGCCCCCCAUCACCAAGGAGAAGCGGCGGCGGCGGCGGCGGCGCGGACACUCAACAUGGAGGCGGCGGCGGCGGCGGCGGCAAAGACAACAGCCUCUUAGCUGCCGACAGUCAGGGCAACGGCGGCAGCAAGGCCGACGACCAGCUGCUUAAAAUGGGCGACCAGAGGUACGAGCACCCGGCGGCGGCAGCGGCGGCGGCGGGACCCAACAACCAGGCGGGCGUCGCCGAUUACAAUUACUACCGAGCGGGGCCGGCGACGGCGGCAGGAGCAGGCCCCGGGCCCGGCCCUUACUUCGAUCAACAUGGCGGACAACAAAGCCCCGGGCUCGGCGUUCACCCUUCCACUAACCUGGAGCUGAGCGCCAGCCCGCUGCACAACUCACACGACGGCUAUUCCAACAACUACAAUCACUACUCGGGCUACAGGCCACCCUACGGCAGCCCCGGCUACGGCAUGAUCAGCUCGCCCAGGGCGAACAGUAUGGGCGGCGGUGGUGGCGGGCACCACCAUCAUCAUCACUCCGGCAAACAGCAGCCGCCGCCGCAGCACAGCAGCAGCAGCAGCAAC